GAGUCUGUGCGAAGGUCGGUGGACAGACUGCACUGCUUGUUGUUGCGCUUCGGAGGCGGCGAUCCCCGAAGGCGAGCUGAAAUACGGCUGGAGCGUUCCCAGGCUACAGUUUGUAGCCGACGAUUAUGGAAGACUAAGAGCCGGAGAGGUGGCCCACCCUCAGGGAGCGCUUGUGCUCGGAGGGCUUCUCAUUUCCCCAAUACCACAUUAAAUCGUCUCAUCUGAGGAGGAUCCACAGAGCUGUCUUCUAUGGUAAUCUGGAGAAACUGGAGUACCUUCUGCUCAUGUAUCAUGACACCAAGGAGAGAGACAAGGAGGAAAGUGUCUCCUGAGCAACCGCCUUUAUUCACGCAUACGGUGAAAGACAGAGAUCACAUUUCAACUAGAUUCUUAGGAAGUAUGGAUUCACUAACUUCAGCAAAGCUUACCCUGAAAGAAGCAGAUCCCAGUUCAAAAGUAGCCAUAAGAAGGAAGGAUUCACCACCUCCAGGAAAAGUGUCUUCUCAGAAACAACCAGCUGAGAAGGCUGCAAGUGACGAGAAAGAUUCUGUUUCGAAUAUAGCCACAGAAAUAAAGGAGGGACCAAUAUCUGGGACAGUGUCUUCUCAGAAACAACCAGCUGAGAGGGCUGCAAGUGACGAGAAAGAUUCUGUUUCGAAUAUAGCCACAGAAAUAAAGGAUGGACAACAAUCUGGGACAGUGUCUUCUCAGAAACAAUCGGCCUGGAAGGUUAUAUUUAAAAAGAAAGUUUCUCUUUUGAAUAUUGCCACAAGAAUAGUGGGUGGUCGGAAAUCUGGAACAGAGUAUCCUGAGAAUCUGCCCACCAUGAAGGCUACAAUUGAAAAUAAAGAUUCUGUUCUGAAUACAGCCACCAAAAUGAAGGAUGCACAAACAUCCACACCAGCAGAACAAGACUUAGAAAUGUCAUCAGAGGGAGAGCAAAAGAGGCUUGAAAAAUAUGAAAAUAACCAGCCACAGGUGAAAAACCAAAUACAUUCUAGGGAUGACCUUGAUGACAUAAUUCAGUCAUCUCAAAUAGCCUCAGAGGAUGAUGACUCGCUUUGCUCUAAUUGUAAGAAAGUCAUAUUACUCAUUGAUCAACAUGAAAUGAAGUGUAAAGAUUGUGUUCACCUAUUGAAAAUUAAAAAUACAUUUUGUUUAUGUAAAAGAUCAAUAGAACUUAAAGAUAAUCACUGUGAGCAACUUAGAGUAAAAAUUCAAAAAAUGAAAAAUAAGGCUAGUGUACUACAAAAGAGACUAUCUGAAAAAGAAGAAAUAAAAUCGCAGUUAGAGCAUGAAAGACUUCAAUUGGAAAAAGAACUCUGUAGUUUGAGAUUUGCCAUACAGCAAGAAAAAAAGAAAAGAAGAAAUGUUGAAGAGUUGUACCAAAAAGUUAGGGAAAAGUUAAGAAUAACAGAAGAGCAGUAUAGGAUAGAAGCUGAUGUGACAAAACAAAUUAAACUGGCUCUCAAAUCAGCGGAGGUGGAAUUGAAGACAGGAGGAAAUAAUUCAAAUCAGAUUUCUGAAACUGAUGAAAAAGAAGAAGACUUGCUGCAUGAAAACCGCUUGAUGCAAGAUGAAAUUGCCAGGCUCAGGCUGGAAAUAGACACAAUAAAAAACCAAAACCUGGAAAAGAAAUACUUAAAAGACUUUGAAAUUAUUGUGAAAAGAAAGCAUGAAGACCUUCAAAAGGCUGUAAAAUGGAAUGGGGAAAUAUUAGCAAAAACGAUAGCCUGUUAUAGUGGACUGCUUGCUGCUCUGAUGGAUGAAAACACAACGCUCCAUUCCAAACUGGAGAAGCAAAGAGAGAGCAGGCAAAGACUGGAAACAGAAAUGCAAUCAUACCGUUGUAGACUGAAUGCUGCUCUAUGUGAUCAUGAUCAAAGUCACUCAUCAGAAAGAGACCAAGAGCUUGCUUUCCAGGGAACAGUAGAUAAAUUGUGUCAUUUACAGGAAAAUUUGAAUUCUUGUGUUCUGAUUCAGCAACUUUCUAAAGUUGAGAGUAAGUCCAGAGUCCUCGAAACUGAGCUCCAUUACACAAGAGAGGCUCUGAAAGAAAAGGCUUUGGUUUUGGAACACGUGCAAAGUGAGCUAAAGCAAAAACAGAAUCAAAUGAAGGACAUUGAAAACAGGUACAAAAGUGGAUACAAUACAAUGCAAAAAUGCACAGAAAAGCGGGAAAGAUUUUGUCAACUAAAAAAACAAAAUAUGUUGCUUCAACAGCACCUGGAUGAUGCUCGCAACAAAGCUGACAAUCAAGAAAAAGCAAUACUUAAUAUUCAAGCCAGAUGUGAUGCUAGAGUACAAAACCUUCAAGCUGAGUGCAGAAAGCGCUGUCUUUUACUAGAAGAAGACAGUAAAAGCUUCAAGAAAUACAGGAUCAACUUACAGCUACUAUAAGAUGUACUAAGGAGAUGGAAGGCUUGAAGUAGAAAAUGCCAUGAUGAUAAAAACUAUUAUAAAACAGGAUGACCAAAUUGAGCGGCUUGAGAAAAUCCUGCAGCGUUCAAGUUUGAUGCCACAGGUGUUCAAGAGCUAGAUGAAGGUAUAUUGCCAAAAUUUAUGAAUUAAAUUCAAAUCAUUGAUUUCUGCAAUAAACUCUAGUGAACGGUAUUCCUCUCAAUUGCUUGGUUAAUAAAUGCUACAUUAAAUAUUUUUUCUUACACACAUCUAGUGAAAGAUGUGAAAACAUAAACAUUCAUAGUGAAGAGUAUACUUAUGCUAUGUUAAUUCAUCAUGUUCCAUAGCUUUAAAAAAAUUGCAAGAAGUCUGUGUAUCCCCUUUUUUCUGGCCCUACACUUUUCUUCUGCCACCCCUAUAGAACUGUCAGCCUGCACACUGAAACUGUUCUCAGAAAACAAAGGCAUUAUCAACUUCUCAAGGUUAAGGUAGUGAUUUAAGGCUAACAGACCCCACACUCAUGUGAUAAUAAUUAGUUAAGCAAUUACAGGUCACAAGCAGUCACUUGUCCAGUGACAUUUUAAAUCUCUAGUCAUGACUUUGUCAUUGGUUUACUUUUGCCCCUGGGAAAAGUUGAAAAUUCCUUAGCAUGGAAUCAAAACUCUCACAUCAGUGUGGUACUUGUCAGAUUAUUCAGCCUUCUCUUUCACCACUUACCAUACUCUGCACCUUUGUUCUAUCAUCCAGCCAAACUAGACUACAUGGAGCUCCACAGUGAUCGUCUUCACCUCCAGCUCUUUGCAUUUACUUCUUCCCUCUAUCCUACAUGUGUUUUCCUUCCCUUUCAGAUAUCAACCUAUGAAUUGCCUCUACCAAAAAGCCUACAAUAUUGACACAAACCUAGGCUAGUAUCCCUUCUAUGUCUUCCAAUAAGUGCUGUCUUAUGCCUGUCAUUGUAUGUAUGACUCUGUAUGGGAAUUGCCUGUUUGUUUUUUCAGAUUAUAGCAUACAGUUGUUGAGGGGUGGACCAUAUCAUCUUUUUCUUGUAAUUCCAGUGCUUGUCCUAGUACCUUAGCACAUGGUUGCUGAAUACAUGAAUGAAGAGUGAGAAACCAGAAGCUCUGAUAUUUAACUGCUGUGAUAAUGAAUUCAGUGUGCAACUAUGGGCAAAUUAUAUUUAAUAGUAAUUGCAUAUUGUACAUAUUUUUCAUUCUUAUUAACACUGAUAAACUUUUCAACUUAUACUGACUUUAAUAAAAUUGUAUUACUAGGCUAUUAACAUGAUAUUUUGUUUCCCAUUAAAUGUGUGACAUGCAAAGAUGUUUAUUAAAUGAAAAUAUUUUUGUA